AUGAUACGAAUAACUAAUCCAUUAAUUAUUAUCUCCUUUAAUUCUUUAAACAAAAAAAUUAUAUUAAAAAAACAUAAAAAGUGGAUUAGAAAAUGUGAAAUUGCGUUACUGACGUAAAUAGUUACAAUUAAAUAUUCUUUAAGCUGUAUAAAAGCAACCAAAGCUAAUAUCAGUUUAGUAGAAAUAAGCCGAAAAUGGUGCUGAAAAAUUUCGACAUCACGUCUGUUUUGUCAAGCAUUUUCUUGACUUUGAUCAUCGCUUUCAUUGUUAAAUACCACUGGAGUAGACGAUGGUUGUACUAUUAUGGGUCUAAGAUUGAUGGACCCUUUGGAUGGCCCAUAAUUGGCAGUGCCCAUUAUUUCAUCGGAGGUCAAAAAGUUUUAUCAAAAGCUAUGAUGAAAUUGUUAGAAUCAUAUCCUUCAAUUGUAAAAUUUUGGUUCGGUAACGAUUUAGUAGUGUCAGUUUCACAAUCUGAAGAUGUUGAAAUUAUUUUGAAUAAUUGUCUCGAGAAACCGAAGCUUUAUGAUUUUAUGAUGGGCAUACUCGGAAAUGGGCUUAUAACAGCACCAGUUGGUAUUUGGAAGAGUAGAAGAAAAAUGAUUAAUCCGACUUUUAAUCCAAAAAAUUUAAAUUCGUUUAUUGAAAUUUUUGGAAGACAUGCAAAUCACUUGGCAAAUGCUCUUGAAAAAAACUGUGGAAAAGAAUCGUUUGAUAUCUUAUCAAAAUUGUUUAGUUGCACGUUUGAUAUUGCUUGUGAAACGCUUGCUGACGUUAACAACAAUAUGAUUACUGAUCAAGAAAGGUUUUUUCGAAAUUUAUCAAGAAUAGAAGAUCUCACAGUAAUUCGUGCCUGUUCUAUUUGGUUUCAUGUAGAUUUUCUGUGGAAUAGAUCUUCACUUGGUAGAGAAAUGAGCAAAACGUGUAAAGAAAUGUCUUCUUUUGCAAAACAAGAAAUAGAAUUUAAAAAAUCAAGUUUAAACCACAAUCUAGAUCAAGAUAACAUUCACAGAGAAAAACGAUUUAUAAACCAUUUGUUAAAAUUGGGCAAAAUUGAUGAAACAGCUUUAGAAGAUGAACUUCAAACUAUUCUGAUUGCUUCCAGCGAAACUACAGCUCUAACAGUUGGAUUCAUUUUAAUAACUUUAGGGAUAUAUCCAGAAAUACAAGAAAAAAUCAACAAAGAACUUGAAUUGAUUUUUGGCAACGAUGAUAGAGAGCCAACUUUAGAAGACAUCAACAAAAUGGAGUAUUAAGAACGUGUGAUUAAAGAGACUUUGAGAUUAUUUCCUCCUGUACCAUUUAUUUUAAGAGUAGCUGACCGAGACAUAAAACUUGAUUCUUGCACAAUCCCCACUGGAAGUUUUGUCUUGAUUCCGAUAUAUCACAUCAGCAGAAAACCUGAAUUUUGGAAGGAACCAAAUAAAUUUGAUCCUGAUCGAUUUUUACCAGAAAAUAGUUUGAAUCGCCAUCGGUGCACUUUUAUUCCUUUUAGUUUCGGGUCUAGAAAUUGCAUUGGAUUCAAAUACGGCAUGAUGUCAGUGAAAAUUCUGUUGUCGACAAUUUUAAGAAGAUAUACCAUUAAACCAUCUGAAUAUAAAAAAUUAGAAGAUGUUGAAAUGAUAUUUGGUGUGGUGGCCAAACCAGUAUCAGGUUACAAGAUAAAAUUAGAAAAAAAAAUAAUUGAAAACUGAUAAUUUCUCAAGCACCUAAUAAAUAAAAGUA